AUGAGUGGCGUUCUGCAUAAGGCAGUGCCUAAGGUGUCUGGUCGGAAGCAUCUAAUAAUCAUACGAAAGUUGCUAGAGACAACAAUAUGCACUAUAUGCCAUGAUUAUAUGUAUGUCCCGGUGAUGACCGGGUGCGGUCAUAACUACUGUUAUUUCUGCAUCUCCAACUGGCUCAACAACACAAGUUCUACAGAGCUCAACUGCCCGCAAUGCCGCUCGAGCAUCACGUCGAUGCCGUCACUGAAUGUGACAUUACAGCAAAACCUUGACGCGCUCAUCGAGGUACUGGACAAGGCGGAGCCCGAGGUGAUUGCAUUGUUGGAUGCGAAACGCGAAAGUCUGAAGGAAUACAAGGACGACGUUGCAGGGAACCGUCUCUACCAAAAAGUCUUUGAAAAUACUGCAGUAGCGGUGGUAGACGAGGACGAUGGGGUGGCGCGAUGCAGCAACUGCCACUGGGAAGUGGAAGGGUCUGUGUGUCCCCACUGCCAGGCGCGCAUGCGCAACCGGGUCAACGAGACAGAGUUCAACAGCGACGAGUACUCAGAGAGCGAGCUGGCAGAGCUGGAGCAGACGCUGGACGAAUAUCGCGUGCGUUCAGCAGAGCUAAUGCAGGACCUAGGGUCGGCAGAUGGGCACAGCAGCGAUGGGAGCCUGGCCGACGCACUUAAUAGGCGUUUCCCCAUCAGACAGCCUCGAGACUUUCUGCACGAUGAUAUAAGUGGCAGUAGCGACUCGCACUACGACGAAGACAAGUACUACCCGGACCGUCGCUCCGCUAGCCGGUCGGCUGACGCAGACACGCCCUCCGACCUAGAGGGCUUUAUAGUCGACGACGAGGACCCCGCUGCGCAUGAAAGUGAAGGGAGCAGCACAUAUAAUGGCUCGCAGCCCUCGAGCCCGGCUUCCUCGUUCACACGGCAUCGGCAGCGCUCCCCGCAUAUAACUACCCGCGUCGCCCGCGACAGCACAGACGACAGCAUCGUUGAAGUGGUACGAGACCUCAGCACCUCCGGAGGGGGCUCUUCGCCCUCAGUCAAUGGAAGCAGAGCUACCGACACCUCUCGAGACAGUGAUUAUUAUGAGAACAACGAGGUUGACGGCUUUGUCAGUGGUGACUCCCUUGACGACACCGAACACAAGCAUGCAGUCACAUCGAGCUCGGCGGAGGAACCGGCCCGGAAGCGCCGGUAUAUGGUCCUGGACAGCGACGACGACUAG